AUCACGUGAUCGCCAUAGUUCUAGGAAUUUCCUGCUAAAACAGUGAUGCGUGUGAUGUUCGGUAUUCACUUCAGAAGCGAGGUAUAAAGCUAGACAACAGAAAUGGCCAGCAAUAAUUUAGAGAGCGAAAUCCGUACUCUUAGAGAAAAACUCAAGAACUAUAAAGUUGGAAGUAUCGAGGGCUUGCAUUCUUUCUCAGACGCUCUCGAAGGAGAAAUGGAAGGAUUGCACAUACGGCUGGCCGUGUUUGGCAUGACUGGUGCUGGGAAAUCGUCGCUUGUUAACACGAUUUGGAAGACUUUAUACGGCCGAGAAAAUGCCCCUGCAAUCGAACAAUCAUCUGGAGCCGAAGGAACACAAUUACUGGAGGAUUUUCAUUCGCAAUCGGGGACAGAAGAUGACCGUGGUGGCUUUGUAUUCCAUGACACAAGAGGUUUUAACUUCGAUUUUAACAGAGCUGAAGAAAGUAGGUAUUUAGUUUAACUGUUCUUUUUACCUGUGACAUUUGAUCAGUUAACAAACUGAAAGAUAUCCUCAAGCCUAGCGACAUUUAUUUUCUAAUACUAGGAGAAUUCGUCAAGCCGACAACAAUAGUCGGCUUGACGAGGGGCUAGCCCAGAAAGUCGUCGGCCUUGAACCCUUUUACGAUGGCCAAUUUACAUUAUCAACUCAGUUGACAAAACCAAAUUAUCCCGUUAAAAAAACAGCGAUCCGUAAGUAACGGCCCUGUUGGCUUAAAUUUUUUCAGGGUAGUUGAAUUUCAUUUUACUUAUAGGAAGCAAAAUAUAUUCAUUCAAAGUUAUUAUUCAAUUUCAGCUUUCGGUUUCUACGCCAAAGGCGGAAGUAGUGUGUAAUGCAAGAUUUGACAGGGCUUGCGUGACAUGGUCGAUAAUUAAUGUUACAAUAGGCAUGCGCUUUAAAGUACCUUCAAUUGCCAAUUUUGUAUUUAACCCUUUAAGAAAUUACUAACAGAGAAGUAUUGUAUAUGACUAAAGCAGCUACUCCAGGAGAUUCUCAGAGUGAGAAAAAUAGCAAAGAGCUGACAAACUCCUUUGACUCCAAUCAGUAAAAAAAAGCUCCGAACUCUUAAUCCUUUCAACACCCCCUUGGCCGUCGUUGUAAUGCUCUCUCCAGUAUAUUUUUCACUGAUUGUAGUUAGGGAAUCUGGUGCUAACACUGGUGGAGAUAAUAAAAUGGUACAUAAUGAGAAAAACCGUACGAUAUAUUCCGUUGUAUGAUUUGCGUAGCUUCCAGUUAUGUUUAAAAAUAAAAAUUAAUGAAAACAUUCUCUUUGCCUUUAGAUGAACUCUUCAGAAUAUUAUACGGCAUCGUUCCUACAGGACAGCUUAUAGAGCGAGGAGACUGGGCUGAAAAAAUGGCCGAAGACGCUGGUCAAGCUGCUCACAGACUCGAAAAGCCUCCGGUUGCAGACCAAGUUCAUGUGGCAUUGUGGGUAAUCAAGGCAAACGACAUUCGUUUCGUGAAUGGCCAGUAUCUAGACAAGUUCAAUUUUGUGAGGCAAAAAUUAAACGCGGAAGGUGAGAGUUGGUAACUAAACAUCUUUGCUUUUUAUUUGUGCCAAAGUUUUGAUUAUAAUCACUGUAAACCCCAAAGGAACUCAACCGGGAACUCAAAGGGGCCAAAGAUCGCCUUCUCACGUUACCCAUAAUGGACACAUACAAUUUAUUUUUUUUAAUUGAAAUUUUGAUCUCAUUCCCAACUAGUAUUAUUAUUAUUUCAAAAAUUCGAGUUUUGUUAUUCCGAAAUAAACAUUUCCAGGGAAAUAGUCCGAGUUGUUUGAUUUACACCCUUCCCCCACCCACGGUUUCAUGGCAUUUUAUCCUUGGCCAAAGAGAGACAUUCUAGAGACUCCAUUUCCAAGCAUUACCCCUGUUCGUCUUUGAGUUCUCUUUUUUUAAUGUAUUUUUGAAGGUGUUACCAUAGUUACGGUUUUAACCCACGAUGACAAAUUGGACUCUGAAGAACGCAAUGAAGCUAAAAAGAACGCCAUGGAAGUGACCGGAAGUAAGAGGGCUCAAACAUUUGUCUUUGCUAAUUGGUUAGGAGAACAGGAAGAAUACGACGUCAGGUACCAACGGAAGGUGUUGAAAAUGUUGCACACUGCUCUUGGGUGCGGUGAGCGCUCUGUGCGGUCUCGGCAGAUUCAACGGAAACUUAGUAAACAGUGAAAGACAUUGACUGAUAGCGAAACACUUCGCGUUUUAGGGUAGAGCUUCAUUUUUUAUUUGUGAAUAUAGCGAUAUUUUUUAUGACAUUGAAAGUCUUUUAUUAUUUCUUCUGGUCUGGAUAAUUGCUUUGAAGUGACCUCCCCCUAAUCGUAAGUAGUGCAGUGAGCCGUAGCAGGACAGCGAACUUGCUUUUCUGUGAAAUAAGUCUUUCGUUUGAAGAACGUACAAGGCUUUUCUGUGACUUCAAUUUAAAUUCAGUUACAAAAUUGUAGCCAACUUUUUAUUUGAUGAAAGCUAAUUCUCAAUAUGUAUUCAGCUCUCGGCUUUUUAGGGGACAAGAAUUAGUGAUCUAUUCAAACUGGUCUCACUUGCUUUCACACAAUGAGAAAGGGGAGGCCUGGGGUGGGAACUCUCAACAGCACUGUAGAGAGAAAAGGUUGGGAUGGGAGGAAGGGUAAGGGUAAAAACUGUCGAGAGAGACUGGGAGAGAGUAAAUGAAAACAGAUGAUUGGACAAAUAUGAAGCCACUGUCAAAACGCUAUUUCACGGACGUACGAGGCAAAUCGGAUUCUCCUUGUGGACAGUCGAGUGAGACCGCUGACAAUAUUACAGUAGACAACGUAUAAGCGAGCACUAUUUCAGUAACACAUAGUUGUCCUUAGUUCAUAACUAGGAUAAACGUCAAUGAAAUGGUUUAUAAAAGUCAGCUGAAACAACUUAAAAAGGGAUUUUCAUUUAUUAGAUAUUAUUAUCAUUAAAUGCUCGUCCUUGGAAAAAUUGUGAUGGUAAUCUUUUCAUAUUAACCUAUUAUGUCUUAUCACAAAUCAUUUUCAACUAUGUGAACCCAAUGUUAAUGAUGCAGCUUGGAUGGGAAGCUAUGUUGGUCACAACUGGCCAAUCACGACCGACUUACGCCACGUGAGUCUUAUGGCCAAUGGCACCUCGCGGAAAACUGACCUAUCAGUUUUCACGGACCAUACCAACAAAACUCGAAGUACAAAAUAAUCUCUCGGUGAUUCUGAUUACGACUUCCGCUGAGGAAGUCGAAACGUCAGUCACUUCUUACGGUGGUUUCUUGGACUUUUUCUCAUGUCAAAAUCACAUUCCUUUUUUCCGAAUAAAAAGCAAUGACCGAAAGUAAUGGCAACGAAUUUUGAUCACGAAAAAUGGUCCGUUGCAUCAACUAUUUAUAACACUGAAUUUAAAAAUUAACUCUGAGCUUGCCAAAUUGUGCAAAUACCUAUGAAUAAUAAAUAACAACACAAAAUAACCAAAACAAAAUUAUUGUAUUGUGCUGAAGUAGGACCUUCAGGAUAAGGAUCAGUCUCCUUUUGAAAAGGGAAAGGCUCCCGUUCAAAUAAUUUUUGAGAAAAUUUACAAGCCAGUCAUCAUUCAGGUGUAAUCAUGGGCGUCAAGUGCAGUGAAAGAUGUACAUUUGCUAAGACACUAGUAAUGACGAUGAUCGUCAAAACAUCGUUUUUUCAUAAUACUUUGAAAAAUUCGUUGUAGUCAGCGGUCUUAGUCGAUCGAUAUGACCCAGCCCCUCUAACAUGUCAGUGACCUGGUGUAUCAGGGGGUGAAUUCCCCCUUUUCGGCCAUUUUUGGCUUUUAUGCACU